AUGGCAUCCACCCUCAACGCUGUCUCCUUCACCGUCUUCAAGGGUUCGCCUGGCGGCAAGAUCGUACAGGAUAUCACGCACCGCGUCCUUGACUAUGACUCUGUGCUCGUGAAGGUUACGCACUCCGGUCUUUGCUUCACAGACGUCCACUUCCGCGAACAGAACAUGGUGCUCGGGCACGAAGGCGUGGGCAUUGUCGAGCGCGUCGGGGAUGGUUGUAAGGACCUCAAGCCCGGCGACCGCGUCGGCUGGGGUUAUGUGCAGGACACCUGCGGUACCUGCGACAUGUGUUAUCAAGGCGAAGAUAUGUACUGCCCCCAUGCCGCCCUCUACGGCAUGAGCAACCUCGACGUCGGCUCCUUCGCCAGCCACGCCGUGAUCAAAGAGUCCUUCCUCAUCCGCGUUCCUGAAAAGCUCGACCUCCUGCAUGCGGGACCGCUCUUUUGCGGUGGUGCCACCGUGUUCGAGGCGCUCAACCGGUACGGCGUCAAGUCGACGGACAGAGUCGGCGUCAUUGGGGUCGGUGGCUUGGGACAUCUGGCCAUCCAGUUUGCGGCGAAGAUGGGGUGCGAAGUCGUUGUCUUCAGCGGUACAGAGAGCAAGAGGGAGGAAGCCCUUGGGCUCGGCGCCACGGAGUUCCAUGCUGUGAAGGGUGUGGAAAAGUUCAGCGAUGUCAAGCCCAUCGAUUGCCUCCUUUCGACGGCGAACGCGCAGCCUGACUGGAAGCUGUACCUCGACAUCAUGGCCCCCAAGGGCAUCAUCUUCCCCCUCACCGUCGAGCUCGGGAAUUACGAGAACUUCCCCGCCUUUCCCGUCAACAUCAAGGGCAUCACCGUACAGGGGUCGUGCGUCGGGUCGCGCAGCCUCACCCGCAGGAUGCUCGAUUUCGCGGCGCGGCAUGGGGUGAAGCCGACUGUGCAGACGUUCCCUAUGACGAAAGAGGGUAUUGAGGAGGCGAUAAAGGUGCUGCAGGAGGGGAAGAUGAGCACCGCGAUGCGGCCCCUCGACAUGCUGAGGUCUAUCAUCUUUAUCUCCCUCGCCUGGGCGAUGACUGCCGCCGCCCACUCGCAUGGCAGCGACAACGGCAUGGACAUGUCGAUGGACGUUCCCAUCGAGCUCGCCAGCGGAACCAUGGUCCCCUACCUCCACUUCAACAUCUCCUUGGGCGACAUCCUCUGGUUCUACGGCUGGGUACCCAAGCAUGCGGGCCCGAUGUUUGCCGCGUGUCUGGGUCUCUUCCUGUUGGGUAUCCUCGAGCGCUGGCUCGCUAUGCUCCGUGUGCUGUGUGAAUCUGGGUGGAGUCUCCCCAUGCCUGCGGCGGAACCUCACAAGGGCCAGCUACCAUCCCAGACCGCACCGUCAACGAGACCGCGCAGCCGCUUCAUCCCCUCCAUAGACCUCCCCCGCGGCCUCUUGCAAGUACUGCAGAGCGCCCUCGGCUUCGCCUUCAUGUUGGCUGUUAUGACAUGGCAAGUCGGCUUCAUCCUCUCCAUCUGCAUUGGAUUGGGCGUCGGCGAGAUGCUCUUCGGGCGUAUCAUCAGCGCUGUGGGGCGCGCGAAGGUCGCCUCUUGUUGAGGAUGACCAUAGAUUUUGUAUCAGACACAAGCUAUCCCCCACACGUACGGUCUAUGUGCUAAGACGUUGUAUACUAUCCGGAAUUCACAGUUUUAUCGAUUGUUCAAGUCAAGCCUCAUCGCAUAGUAGCCUCUGUGUCCACCCUCGAGACAAGGUGAGCAUCAAUCAUUGUCCGUCUUGAGCUUUGGGCCGCAACGUCAAACCUCCUCCCCCUCAUCACGCUCAGUCAAGAACAUGCAAGACCGGUUCGUUAGAAUACAAUACAUAAACAUGGAGAAGGUCCGUAAG